UUCAGGACCAUGGACAGCACACACUUUCACCUUGAUAUACUGUUUUCAAUGACAGGAUGUCUGCAGCCCGCCUGGCCACACAGCGGCGCUAGUGCAGACACGAACAGACCAAUGAGUACACAGAACACUGGUAUGGGAGGGUAAGGAGGAGGGGCCGAACCAGCGCAAAGAUGGCGGCGUCCUUAGACGAUGAAUUAGAGUUGGAUAACCAAGACUAUUAUUCUCUUCUCAACGUCAGGAAAGAGGCCACUCAGGAUGAGCUGAAGGCUUCCUAUAGGAGGUUGUGUAUGCUCUACCACCCAGACAAACACAGAGACCCAGAGCUGAAGAGCCAGGCAGAGCAGCUAUUUAACCAGGUGCACCAGGCCUAUGAGGUGUUGAGUGAUCCUCAGUCCAGGGCCAUCUAUGACAUAUUUGGGAAGAAAGGCCUGGAGGUGGAGGGCUGGGAGAUUGUGGAGAGGAAGAGGACCCCAGUAGAGAUCCGUGAGGAGUAUGAGCGGCUGCAGCGAGAGAGAGAGGAGAGGAGGCUACAGCAGAGGACCAACCCCAAGGGUACCAUUAGCGUGGGAGUAGAUGCCACAGACCUGUUUGAUCGCUAUGAUGAGGACUUUGAGGAGAUGCCGGGAGGAGGAUUCCCUCACAUCGAGAUCAACAGGAUGCACAUCUCCCAGUCUAUUGAGGCUCCGUUGACUAACUCUGACACUGCAAUGCUGUCUGGCUCUCUCUCCACACACAACGGCAACGGAGGAGGCAACAUCAACAUGACUGUCCGCCGUGUCACCUCUGCCAAAGGCUGGGGAGAGUUGGAGUUUGGUGCAGGGGACAUACUGGGACCUCUGUUUGGGAUGAAGGUGUUCCGUAACCUGACUCCACGAUGUUUCCUGACGGCUCAGUGUGGUAUGCAGUUCUCUCCCCGUGGCGUGCGUCCCAGCUGUUCUUUAAUGACAGCUCGUCACCUAGACCAGAACACGAUGGGUUACCUGCAGUGGCGAUGGGGACCCCACAGCUCUAUGACCACUAGUGUGGUCCGAGACACCAAGACCAGCCACUUCACCCUGGCACUGCAGCUGGGUGUCCCUCACUCCUAUCUGAUGAUGAGUUACCAGUACAAGUUCCAGGAUGAGGACCAGACCAAGGUCAAGGGAUCGAUCAAGACUGGUUGGUUUGGUACAGUGGUGGAGUAUGGAGCAGAGAGGAAGAUCAGUCGGCACAGUGUCCUGGCUGCUACUGUCAGUGUCGGAGUGCCACAGGGAGUCACCCUCAAAAUCAGGUUGGCUCGUGCCAAUCAGACCUAUCUAUUCCCAGUCCACCUGACAGACCAGCUGCUGCCCAGUGCAGUGUUCUACGCCACUGUGGGGCCUCUACUAGUCUACAUGGCCAUACACAGACUGGUCAUUAUACCAUACACAUGCUCCCAGAAACAACAAGAUCUGGAGCUACAGAGGAAGAGCUCAGAAGUAGACAUGGUCAAGAAGAAACAAGAGGCGGAGUCAGCCGUUCUGCUGAUGCAGGAGUCUGUGAGGAGAAUCAUCGAGGGAGAGGAGUCUAAGAUGGGUCUGAUCAUCCUGAAUGCGUGGUAUGGAAAGUUUGUGACAGACAACAGCGCGCGCCAAGAGAGAGCUCAGGUUAUAGACGUUACUGUCCCUCUGCAGUGUCUGGUCAAGGACUCCAAACUCAUACUCACCGAGGCAUCAAAGGCGGGGUUGCCAGGUUUCUAUGACCCAUGUGUAGGAGAGGAUAAGAGUCUGAAGCUGCUGUAUCAGUUCAGGGGGGUGAUGCACCAAGUCCUCUCAGCAGACACUGAGGCUCUACGGAUACCCAAGCAGUCUCACAGAAUCGAUGCUGAGGCGUAGGAACCCUCUGUUAUGGGAGCAACAAGGGGCAAGUGGAGACAGACAGACAGACAGACAGACAGACAGACAGACAGACAGACAGACAGACAGACAGACAGACAGACAGACAGACAGACAUUGACAGACAGAC